UUUUUUUUGGUCCUGUGAGGCUAAAAGUCGACUCAGGUGCUUGUGAAAACCUCACUCCCUGCUUCCCUGUUUCUCUCGAACUCUCAUCAUCUUCGCCGCCGCUGAUUCCUGCUUUCAGAGGGCAAGGCAAAGUAGUAAGAAGGAAAAUGCAAGGGAUAUUCAAGGCAAUCUGUUCCCAUGGAAAUGUUCUUAAAUACUCCGUCCUGAGACAUGUACGUGUUAUAGCUCCCGUUGCACGGCCAGUUAUGUUUUCACGUGCCGAGACAGUUGCUGCUACAAAACUGGAAGAGCAGGGCUUUGAGAGUACAACGAUUGCGGAUAUUUUGAAUGCCAAAGGCAAAGGCGCUGAUGGCUCCUGGCUCUGGUGCUCCACAGAAGACACAGUGUAUGAUGCUGUUAAAUCUAUGACGCAGCACAAUGUAGGAGCUCUGGUAGUGCUGAGUCCUGGAGCAGAUAAAGCAAUCGCUGGAAUUAUUACUGAAAGAGAUUAUCUUCGGAAAAUUAUUGUUCAAGGAAGAUCAUCAAAGACUACGAAAGUUGGGGACAUCAUGACUGAAGAGAAUAAAUUGAUCACGGUGUCACCAGAUACCAAAGUUGUGAAGGCCAUGCAACUCAUGACAGAUAAUCGAAUAAGACACAUUCCUGUGAUAAACGAGACUGGAAUGAUAGGCAUGGUUUCCAUUGGAGACGUCGUACGAGCAGUUGUAACAGAGCACAGAGAGGAGCUGAAUCGCUUAAACGCCUACAUACAGGGUGGCUAUUAGCUGAUGAAGCUUUAGAGCCAUAGAUGUUGUUGACAACGCUGAAAUGAAUAAAUUUUAAGAGACGUUACUGCUGAACUGUGCUUUUGCUGCAGCUUUGUAGCCUUUUAAGCAGCUGCUUGUGCUUCAUGGACUUUGUUUGUUCUAUGUAAUGUAAAUAUGUGGUGCUCCUGCUUUCUGCUUACAUUUUGUAGUAUUUUUCUGUAUGUUAAUAGGAAUAAUGGUUGAUUUGCUGAGUGUCUGGUUUGAUGUAAUCUUCA